AUGGGGGAGGGACAGCACCUGCAAGCCGCACAGCUGCCUGCCACCACGCCGGAGCCAGUCGCCCCUCCCGCGCCUCCGAAUCCACCUCCGCCGCCUGAAGCCGGCUCAUCAGCAGUGGCUCCGCUCUGCGAUCUGCUGCCGGCAGCAGCCAACAGCCCCACGCUGAACAACACAUCCAGCCCGCUUGUUUCAGAGCAUGCACCCAGCCCACCCCCACCUCUGCUUCCCCCAGACUGCCCCCAUCUGUGUCCCUCUGAGGCAGAGGCGGGGGCACUGAGAGGGAGCACCGUCUUGGUCCACAGCAGCAUCGCUGCUGCAGGUCCCGUGCCCAAGGAGGAGGGAGAUGGGGCCGCAGAUCAGGGAGCUGGGCAACAAUCGAUUGGGUACAGAGUAUCAAAGAAAAAGGCUCAGGUGAUGAAGCAGAAGGUGAUCUACCUGGGUUAUGAGGUCAGUGCUGGACAACGGACUUUGGGGAAAGAGCGCAUAGAAUCGAUAUGCCAAACCCCAAAAUCCCAGACCAUAAAAGAACUAAUGACCUUUUUAGGAAUGGUGGGAUGGUGCAGAUUAUGGAUUCAUUAUUAUGGAUUACUCGUGAAACCUCUGUAUUUGCUCAUUGCAAACGGGAACAGGGACCUCCAGCAGACAAAAGAUGCCACAAAGGCCUUUGAUCAACUGAAAAAGGCCCUUAUAUCAACUCCAGCUCUAGGACUUACAGAUGUGAGUAAACCAUUCUUUCUCUUCUCCCAUGAGAAACAGGGAAUAGCCCUGGGGAUGCUAGCACAGGACCUGGGCCCACAUAGAAGGGCAGUUGCUUAUCUCUCUAAGCAGCUGGAUGCAGCAGCUAAAGGAUGGCCAGGUUACCUUAGAGCGGUUGCUGCCGCUGUACUGAACAUUCAAGAAUCCCCCAAGUUCACCCUGGGCCAAAAAACAACUGUGCUAGUGUCCCAUACAGUAUCUGCAGUACUGGAAACAAAGGGAGGCCCUUGGCUUUCCCCACAGCGGUUCCUGAAAUAUCAAGCUAUCAUGGUUGAGCAAGAUGGUGUAGAGAUAGUGGUAACUAACAUUGUGAGCCCAGCUUCUUUCCUUAGUGGAAAUCAAGGCCAGACGGUACAUCACGACUGCCUGGAAACCACUGAAGCCACUUACUCCAGCCGCCCAGAUCUGAAGGAUACUCCUUUGCAUGAUGCAGAAACCUGGUUCACAGAUGGAAGCAGCCACAUCAAAGGAAAAUGACAUGCUGGGUAUGUGAUUGACACAUCCAGAGACCUAAUUGAAAGAGGACCAUUACCAGCAGGUACUUCUGUGCAAAAAGCAGAAAUAAUUGCCCUAACCCAUGCCUUAGAGUUAUCAAAAGAGAAGAGAAUAAAUAUUUACACAUAUUCAAGAUACGCAUUUGGGGUGGUGCAUGCUCAUGGAGCAAUCUGGAAAGAAAGAGAACUGUUAGAUUCGCAAGGGAAGAACAUUAAACAUGCCCGAGAAAUAACAGAACUGCUGGAAGCAGUCCAACUGCCCAAGAAGGUAGCAAUCAUGCACAUUAAGGCACAUCAGAAGGUGAGCUCAGAACUGGAAGAGGGAAAUGAGCUGGCAGACAGAGAGGCAAAAGAAGCAGCAAAAGGUGAGGUCAUGGAGGAGCCUCCACCACCUGUCCGUCCCAGGUUUUUACAGUACGAAGACUGGAGAAUUCCAAGGGCUGGUGGUCUCGACGAUGUGACCUUUGGCGAGCUGUUCUUCCACAAGGGCUUGUAG